AUGAACAGUGGGGGUAACGCGCCGCCUCCGUCGGACUCGAACGGCGGUGAGUUUCUCCUCUCUUUGCUCCAGAGACCCAAGUACCAAAACACCCACCGUUUCCAACCCCAAACUCACUCUUCUUCUCCGCCGCCGCCGCCACCGGCACAGCCAUCUCAUCAGCCGCCUCAACCUGUCGUCCUCGAUCCUGCCGUCGCUGCCGUCGGGCCCACCCUUCCUUUCCCGCUUCCAUCAUCAUGGCCAUCCAACGGCCAAGAUCUCCCCCAUCAUCCUCACUGGCCAGUACGUCUCGGUGUCUCCCCUCCUUUCCCUUCGAAUGGCUUUCUAGGGUUUCCUCAUAACCUUUUCCCUCCUCACGCGAAUCAUCAAUUUCCUGGGAAUCAAAUUCCUGCAAACCCUAGCAGCGACGAUUUCAGGAGGCUAGGGUUUCCGGGUUCCAAUAGUAUGGUUCAGAAUCUCGUCCACCAAAACCACGAACUUGAGCACAAGCUCAAGUUCGGUUCUUUUACAAGUGACAUUCGAGUUCCCGAAGAGCUGAGCAACGGGUUGGAUAGAAUGGCCGAUUGGCAAGAACGAAGAGGUGGUGGUGGUGGAGGAGGUGGCAGUGGUGGUGGGAGGGGAAAACAGCAUACUAGGACCACGCCGCCGCCGGGAUUCCCGAGCCGGCCGAUAGGAGGAGCAGAAGGAGGAGGGAAUUGGGAUUCUGCGAAUAGAGAUAGAGGGAGAGGCAUAAACCACAAUGUCGAUAGGGAAAAGAUUAGUUCUGAUGAAUUUGUGAGUAACAGGGAUGUCUUUUCAGCUGAGGCUGUUAGAAUUAGAGGUGAUAAGUUUAAUGGAUUGGGACUCAGAGCACAGCUUGAUCGUCCUGGACCUCCAUCCGGGAGCAGUCUGCAUUCAGUUUCGGUUUCGGAUGUUGAAGAUUCUUUCAUGAAUUUGGAGAAUGGGAAUUUGGAAGUCAGGGAUGGACAUAGGCAACAGUUACCUGUUGGUGCUGGUGAACGUGAAAUUGAUGACAUUGGAAAACGGCUUGUCGGUUCCUUGUUGAUCGAGGAGGAAUCUGAUGAUAAGAAUGAAUCUAAGCAACAUCAGCAUUCUCGAGAAAAGGAUUCAACGGUGGAUGAUAGAGAUAUCAUUUGA